AUGGCUUCUGACGAUGCGGGCUUCGACAUGUCUGAUAGCUUUGGUCUUCAGCGUCCCAGCUUCCAUAUUGGAUACCACGACUCCAACCGCGAUGAGCCCCUCACCGACUUACAGUAUGGCCAUCUGCUUAACCAUGGUCUGGCCUUUUCGACGACUCCCAUCACAAACACUCACUUCCGAGAGCGUGUCUUCGCUCUGGUGUCUGAGCAUCUUUCUGUCAUGUCCGACAAGGGCGAGAAACCGACUACUACAGCAACCGGUUCGCGGGCAGAGCCUAUCCUACCUCCUUUAACCCCCAAAGACACAAGUCUGUUCCCCUGUGCAGCUGUCAACACUUACACUGCAGUUAUCAGCCCCUGGAUCGACCUUGGUUCUUCUAACCCCAUCAUUUCUAGCAUCUCUCGUCAGGUUCUCAAUGUUGAGGUUAACUACGCCAACUUCUGUGGUGUACGCAGCAUCAUCAUCCCUGGACCUCGGCAGGAUGCUUCCAUCGAUGGCGGCAACCAGAGUCUUGCCCAGUACUCGCGAGCUGUUGAGGAGGCUCUUACUGUUGGCAGCCGCCUCACCUUCUUGAUCCACAUGCCUAUGUAUCGAGAGCCUGGUUUCGAGUCACAGGGAACUAGCAUCUCCUCGCUUGAUGCUAAGACCCCUACUAAGACUGAAAGCAAGGAGAUUGAUCUUCUGGCCGCCUGGGAUUCGUGGCACCACGUCCGUAGUGUUUGCAACUACAACACUAGACUCUUUGUCGCUCUGCAAAUCCCUCGUGUCAUGCCUGAGAAGGACCUUCAAGACCGUUGGUUUGCUGAACCCCUGCACUACCUUACUAUCAGCCCUACCACUUUCCAGGCUAACAAGGCUGGCUUCCCUUCGCUGUCUAAGCAUCACCAAAACCUUGUCUUUUCGUACAUGCGUCUGAAGAAUACACCCUGGAUUCUUCUGUGCGACGCUGGUCCUGACGUCUCACACCUCAAGGAAGGCCCCCAGCCUGCGCCUAACUCCCAGGACGAGUUCCCUAGCCUUACUGAAGCCGAGUCGCAAAACCAUUCCACAAAGGCGCAGUCGCUUCAGAUCAAGAGCAACGAUUACAUCUCUUACCUGCGAUGGCUCGAGGAUCAACAGCCCCCUUUCACUUACCUCGAGAGUCCUACCUUGACCAGCUUCCAAGACUGGCUGCAGUCCCCUCUUCAGCCUCUUUCAGACAACCUUGAGUCGGCCACUUACGAGGUUUUUGAGGGAGAUCCCGUCAAGUACAGUCAGUAUGAGAUUGCCGUGUUUGAAGCUCUUACAGAGUGGAAGGAGCUCAAGAAGCCUACUUCUCAGGAGGGCAAGGUUGUUGUUGCUGUUGCAGGCUCUGGACGUGGUCCGCUUGUCACUAGAGCCCUCAAGGCAUCCGAGGAUGCCGGCGUUCCUAUUGAGAUGUGGGCAGUUGAAAAGAACCCCAACGCCUAUGUCUAUCUUUUGCGCCAGAACGACCUCGUCUGGGGCGGCAAGGUCAAGGUUGUCAAGACCGAUAUGCGCUCGUGGAAGGGGCCUGUGGUUUCUGAGGAUGGGAAUGGACCUGUCUAUGGCAAGGUUGACAUUCUCAUCUCUGAGCUGCUCGGAUCUUUUGGUGACAACGAGUUGUCACCCGAGUGCCUUGAUGGUAUUCAGCACGUCAUGUCUACACCUAAUGGUAUCUCAAUCCCCAGCUCGUACACUGCUCAUUUGAGCCCUAUAUCUACACCCAAGAUUCACGCCGACAUUCUUUCACGAGUGUCUGGAGACCCGAACGCCUUUGAGACACCCUGGGUCGUCAGUCUUUACGCUCUUGACUUUGUCGCCGAGAAGGCGCCCAACAAGCCCCGGUUCCAGGAGGUUUGGGAAUUCUCACACCCAAUCCCCGAGUCGUCGCUGGCGGCCCUUGAGGCAAAGCGAUCCGGUGGUGUAGUUGGCGGUGGCGGUGGUAGCAUGGCUGGCGCUGCUGGUGCCAACGACCACAACUCGCGUUACAGCCAUCUCACAUUUGUCUGCCGGACAAGAGGUGUUACCCAUGGAUUGGCGGGCUACUUUGAAUCAACCCUAUAUGAGUCACAGAUCCCCGAGAAUAAGGGUGACAAGAUUGAGAUUAGCACGCAUCCCGAGCGUAUCGACCAGAAGAGCAAGGACAUGAUCUCUUGGUUCCCUAUCUUCUUCCCCCUCAAGAAACCCCUCUACUUCCCAGCUGAUACCGAGCUCGAAGUUAGCAUGUGGCGACAGACAGACGACACACGCGUGUGGUACGAGUGGCUCGUCGAGGCCUUUGCCUGGACCGGCCCCUCUUCACGUGUCAAGGUUGCUUCAUCAGAUCUGUGCAGCAGUCGCCAGGUGGCAUGUCUCAUGUGA